GCGUGCGUGUAGGUAUGCUGCUGGCAGGUCUGCUGUUGCGUAAUGUUCCUUACAUAACGGACGCCAUCUUCAUCGACACUCACUGGUCUGCAGCUCUGAGGAACAUCGCCUUGUCCAUCAUCCUGACCAGAGCUGGUCUGGGCCUCAACCCUGAGGCUUUAAGUCGACUGAAAGCAGUGUGCGUACGUGUUGCAGUUGGACCCUGUAUGGUGGAAGCCUGCAUUGUGUGCUGUGGUUUCUCACUUCCUGCUGGGUCUGCCAUGGGUUUGGGGUUUCAUACUGGGUUUUGUACUGGCUGCCGUUUCUCCAGCAGUUGUUGUUCCUUCAAUGCUGCUCCUGCAGAGAGAAGGAUAUGGAGUGGAGAAGGGAAUCCCCACCCUCCUGAUGGCUGCUGGAAGCUUUGAUGAUAUUCUCGCCAUAACAGGAUUCUCUACUUGUUUGGGAAUCGCCUUCUCUA